AUGCUAGAGCAAUUCAAAACAGUUUUGCCCAAUAUUGAAGUUUUACAAGGCUUGGAUAAGGAGUGUACUAUCGAGAUUCCAGUGCCGUUACUACCUAAUACAGAUAUCAACGAUUACGUUGGUGCUGUUCGUUCAACAGAAACUGGAAAAUUCGUGUCAAUUGAUGAUACUCGAGAGCAACUAAAAAAGUUUAUAGUAAAUAGAACCGAACAAUACGAGGAUCAGGAAAGUGAAUCUAUUCUUCAGGACUUUUUCAGUCAUAGGAACCGAUAUCUGCCAGAUGGGAUAAGGGGAUCCUCGCCGAAAUGUCUUAGCAAAUCAAGAACAUUUGCUGAAAAAUUUACUUAUGUGGUGUCAAAAUGUUCCAGCCAGAAUCUUCUCACACUCAUGCAAAUGGAAUGCUGCAUGAAAAAGCAGAUGUCUGAAAUGAUCAGAGCUCGAAACUGGGAAGUUCAACAAGUUUCUAGUCGAUGCGAGAAAAUUAUGUGUGAAGACCUUGAAGAUAUUCAUCCGCAUAAAGUCAGCAUGUUGAAUGAGAAACUACGGCAAAUUUACCGUACGUAUUCUCUUCAAGUGUCGGAAUUGUGUGAAUCUCAAAGGAUCAAAUACAGGAAAGCUGUAGAAUCGCUGUGUUAUCAUGGAAGUCUGCCGGCAGAGUUGGUCGAUGAAAUCGACAUAAACGACGUUUCAAUACCUGGCGAAAAUGAAGAGGAGAAUAUCGAAGGGAUCAACGAAAGCUUCACGAUUUAUAUUGGCGCUCAAUUAAAAUCUAUGCACAAUGCUUGCCUUGUUACUGUUAAUAACAUAACCGAUUUGUGCAAAACAAGUGAGAAUGAUUGGACCAUUUCGACGCGUCUUGAAAUGGCCACCAAAUUGUAUGGGCGGAAUCUUGGAGCGGUGAUUCUCCUGGUACCUCCCGAUCCUAUGCAUCACGUCAAUUCAUCGUCAAAAUUUUACAAUAUUUGCGAACAAUCGACCGAGUUACAUUUUGAGCCGCUCGCGGACCAGCUGAAUCAAAUCGCUCAAUCUAUACGAAAGGCGAAUGAAUGGAGAGUUGAAUGCUCAGAAUCGGCAGGAGCCGAGAAACCGAUUCGUGCAGAUUCGACGUUCUCCGUCGGAGAUGUAUAUUGCACGAAGCAUUCGAAUUUGCAUAAAAUUCAAAUCGCUUUUCAUCUUGUCGUUGACGAGUCCCUUCAAACUCAGGAAAUAUCUAGCAGACAUCCUUGUCUUAAUGGGAUACGAAAUAUUAUUCGUAUGACGUCGCACUAUGGAAUUACUUCUAUUCAUCUUCCAUUAUUUCUUAUUGAAAAACCUGAUGAGUCAACAACAGUUGCAUGGUGUAUUAAACGAGCUGAAAUGGUAUACAAAUGUGUAAAAGGAUACCUAAUGGAGGUGUGUAGUGGCACAAAUCUCGACUGCCUACCGCAUUAUAACGUGCAUUUUGUGCUCCCAUCUGGUCUUUCUCCAUCAAUCUAUGCAUCAAUAUCCAAUAUAAAGUUUAAAUUGCAUCCUGACAAUUAUUUGGAGGAGUAUUUCACGGAGUUGGAAAUUAUUGAUUUGAAAAUGUCGCCCAAUAAGGACAGUGGAUUAGAAAAUAAAUUGGGAGAUGGAGAUAAUGCUGAAAACGGACAAUGUAUAGUACAACGACGCAGAAAAUACAAAUCAAGCGAUUAUAUGCUAUUCACUGCGGAUGCUCUUCAACAUAUUUCGGAUGAUUCAAAAUCUUUAGACAAAUAUACGUGGUUAGGCGAACGGCUUCGUCUUUCUUUUAAAAUGAACCGAAGUAAUUCUAAGUUGGUGAGAACAAUGCUUCACAGUCACGGGUUUUUGCAGUGUUCUAGUAAAAAUCCAAUGGCAACAGUUAUUUGGUCAGGGGCGCCAGUAAAGACUCCAAAAAUGCGAGAAUUAUUGCCUUGGCAACGCCUCAAUCAGUUUCCAAGAACGACGGAAUUGACGAAAAAAGAUCGACUUUAUGAAAAUAUUGCGCGUGCACAAUCAAUUUUUGGCGAGGCAUUUGAUUUUAUUCCCGAAUUUUAUGUGACUCCUCGUGAAAUGGGGAAGAUGAAAGAAGCAUUUGACAAAUUGCAUCGUGAUGUCAAUGAGAAGCGCGCAAAAUACAACUACCCCGGCGAAUUUAUUGUGAAACCGACGAAUUCUCGACAAGGAAAAGGAAUUUUCUUUGCGAACAAAAUUGAGGACAUUCCGACUGAAUAUCCGCUUCUGGUUUCUCGUUACCUUGCCGAUCCAUUGCUGGUAAAUAAACAUAAAUUUGAUUUGCGGAUUUAUGUCGCCGUAACAUCUUUCUACCCACUAGUUUGCUAUGUGUAUUCAGAAGGAUUAGCAAGACUUGCCUCAAUGCCUUAUGAUUCCUCGAUUUCUUCUACCGAAUCCAACGAAUACAUCCAUUUAACCAACUACAGCAUCAAUAAAAAUUCGACAUCUUUUGUGCGAAAUGAGAGCAUGUCUUCCGAGGAUUUGGGACAUAAAUGGACACUCGGAGCAUUAUUACGAUAUGUGGAGUGCGAAGGGCAUGAUGCGAAGUUGCUUAUGAUUAGGAUCGAAGACAUUAUUGUGAAAAGUUUAUUGUCGAUCCAGAAUUCCGUUGCAACCGCGAGCAAAACUGCUCUUCGCUUUGUUGGAACAAAUUUCGAGCUUUUUGGUUUUGAUAUUCUUGUGGAUAAUUCUCUGAAACCAUGGUUAUUGGAAGUGAAUCUUUCUCCAAGUCUAGCAUGUGAUGCUCCUCUUGAUUCGCUUAUUAAAACACGUCUCGUCGCAGAUCUUUUGAACUUGGCCUGCAUUCCUCUCAUCGAGCGGCGAAUCAUUGAUUCACUUACGCCGACCCUCAGAAUGUCAAACGAAAAUGGGAAUCAAGAUGAUGCUGAACCUUUGGAAAUGGAUCCAAAAUGUGUUAAAACUAUAAAACGGCGGCCACUUGGAAUUAAGCGUAGUGUUCUGAAUCGCAGAUAUGCCAGCGGAUCUUCAUUAUUAAUUACACCGGCUGAGCAAAAAAUGGAUCAAAUUAUAAGGAAAGCAAAAGCUGAAAAUGAGCGACGCGGCGAUUUUGUUCGUGUAUUCCCUCGCACGAAUACGUGGGAUUUGUAUAGCCCUCUUAUGGAAGACUUAGGAACUGACGAUUACGAUCAAAGACUAUACGAAGAAAUAAUUGAUAACGAUAAUAAAGAUGAAAUUAGUGAAGAAUUGUCCGAAGAUUUUCAUGACGUUAUGAUGCAAUGUGCCGUUUAUCCAACCUUUGAAUCAAUUCCCGAGAAUAUUCGAAAGAUUAUUUCAUCGUGGUACGUUGACGCUGGCGAAUACACAAAGAAAAUCACGCAAGAAGGAGAGAUUUAUGCAAGCAAAUUGCCGACGGUUCGACCGUCUGCUCGACUACGAACAAAAAGUUGUGCAGAAUUUUACGAAGAGAGAAGAGUGGAGAUGUUGAAAAAACGAGAAGCGGACCAAGUUUUAGCCAAGCAAUUUAAAAUUCCAUUGGUAGUAAAAGCGUUAUCAAUUUAUCUUUUAAAAUAUGUACACAUUAAUACGGCUUAA